AUGGCGCAAAUUUUGAAAGAUUGCAGAGUGUCCUGUAAACUUUCAUGGGGAGACAUUCAGGCUCUGUGCUGCAGAGAGAGGCUAGUCUGCAAGCAGCUGAGUGUGACAAAGAACAACUUUAAUGACUAUGAGGUGGAGUACCUGUGUAACUACAAAAAAUAUAAGGGUCGAGAGUUUUUUCUGGUGAAGUGGAAGGGCUAUGCAGAGUGCGAGAACACAUGGGAGCCUCUCAAAAACCUUAAAUGCCCCAUACUCUUGCACCAGUUCCGGCAAGACAUGAAGACAGCUCUGCUUGAGGCCAACGAACCACUCGAUUCAGCAUCUCUGAGUGCUCCCAUUGUCUCCAUCCUCCUCAAGAAAGUUAAACAGCACAUAAAGCUUCAGAAAUGGGAAGGCCUCAUGAACCAGACCUGCAGGCAGAAGGGCCGCAUAUUCGUCAGUAAUGAUGUUGACCUGGAAGGACCUCCUAAAGACUUCACCUACAUUAAUGACAAUAAGUUUGGGAAAGGAGUUGAGGUGCACCCAGUGACAGUGGGAUGUGAGUGUGAGAACUGCCUCUCUCAGCCUGUUAACGGCUGCUGCCCAGGGCUGAUGAGUCAUCGCAGGGCAUAUAAUGACAGCAGGCAGGUGAAAGUGAUACCUGGUGUGCCCAUCUACGAGUGUAACUCUAUGUGCCGAUGUGGGCCAGACUGUGGGAAUAGAGUUGUGCAGAGAGGUAUUCAGUAUGAUAUGUGCAUUUUCAAAACAGCCAAUGGGAGAGGAUGGGGUGUGCGGACGCUACAGAGGAUUUACAAAAAUGCCUUUGUUAUGGAGUAUCUUGGAGAGGUCAUCACCACAGAGGAGGCUGAGAGGAGGGGAGUGGUGUACGAUAAACAGGGUGUCACUUAUUUGUUUGAUCUAGACUACGUGGAUGACGUCUACACUGUCGAUGCAGCUCAUUAUGGAAACAUAUCUCACUUUGUCAACCACAGUUGUGAUCCAAACUUGCAGGUAUAUAAUGUUUUUAUUGACAACUUGGAUGAGCGACUUCCCAGAAUAGCAUUCUUUGCGAAACGAGGGAUCAAAGCAGGAGAGGAGCUCACCUUUGACUACAAGAUGACAGCUGAUCCAGUCGAUGCAGAGAGCUCAAAAAUGGACUCAGACUUCAGUCGAGCAGGAAUUGAAAGAUCACCCAUCAAACGGAUCCGUAUGGAGUGCAAAUGUGGAGUGAAGAACUGCCGGAAAUAUCUGUUUUAA